ACGCGCAUCUCUUUUGGACUCACGGUUACGCGGUUAACGUUUCGUGAACAUCGGGCACGCGUUACGAGCUAAGUGCGACACGAGUCAAUUGUGAACGAUUCUGCGACGCGGAUCGUCACUGCGUGACGCGGGAUUGACCGAUUGGAUGCAGUUAACUGAUCGAGGCAGCGAGCAGAACGAAAUUUCCAGGAUAUUGAACUACGCGAAGGAAAGUGAAGCUUAACGGAUCAUAAUGCACCAGUUUCUGUACAAUUUCUUUAUCCUUGAACUGCUGCUGCUGACAAUCCUGUUCGCGUCGUCAGGUCUGGCGAUGUCGAAGACGCGCGAUAAAAAGAAAAACAUUAAGGAGACGAAGGAGGUGAACAUCUGCGACAUUCUGGGCCAGCAGGCACCGAUCUAUUGCUAUUGCAACGACGGCCUGCAUAAUUCCAGUGUCGUCAGUUGCUUGGUAUUGAGCAAGUUCGAGCGGACCGAUCCCAUGUGGAAUUAUUUUAAAUCGCAAACCCAGCUCGAAAAAUUGACGUUUACGGUGCGUCAGCUCGACAGCCUCGACUACGUACCCGAUCAUUUGUUGCGCAAUUUGAAGAAUUUGCGCAUAAUCGUAUUCCAGCAUGGAAAAUUCCAUAAGCUUGCCAGUUACACUUUUAGUAAUCUCAGCAGCAUUGUCGAGAUCAAUCUCAGCGGCAACAUGAUUGUCGAACUGAGCAAUUAUACCUUCGAGACUAUGCAAAAUCUCACUUUUAUAAAUCUCGACUAUAAUCGUAUCUUCGAGAUUAUUAGAGACACCUUUGUAAACUUGCCGAACUUGCGCAAGCUGAACUUGAACCACAACAACAUCACCAUUGUUCAUGACAAGGCGUUUAAAUUUCUGGGCUCGUUGCAGGAGCUCGAACUGAGCAACAACCAGAUCAGUGUUAUUACGCGCGAUAUGUUUUACGGUCUACGCAAUCUAAAGCGUCUCAAUCUACGCGGCAAUAGGAUUAGUUUGCUUGGCGAACGUAGCUUCAUCGAGAUGUCGGAACUAGCCGAACUUGAGCUCGAUCAAAAUCAGAUCAUACUCAUAAGCGAAAGAGCAUUUGACAGCAUGCGCAAUCUCCAAAGGUUGCAACUUAACGAUAAUCAGCUAACGUCAUUGCCGCCGAAUUUCUUGGCUGGUGCACCUGGCAUUAACUUUUUGGAUCUAAGAGAUAAUUUAUUGAAGACCGUGACCUUUGACAACGUUAAACCAAUUAUGACCAAUCUCUACGAAAUUAACGGCCACUUAUACCUAAGCGAAAACAAUCUGAUCUGCGACUGCAAACUCACAUGGAUCUGGGGCUUGCGGAACGAGACGAAGAACACGAAACUGAGGGAUGCCCUGGAGGAACUGACUUGCUUCUUUGAAAGCAAUAAUGCAACGCAUAAGAUCAACAGGGAAGACCUGGGGAGGAAUCAGCCGCCCGAGAUUUCCGACGAAUAUGUCGAUAAUAAUUCGAGAGAUUAUGAUAACGAGGACGAUGAGGCUGAAAGCGGUAGUUAUUUCGAUGAACCCGAUGACGAAAAUUUAUCGAAUUUUCAUAGUAAGAACAAUCGUGAGGAUAGGAAGUGCUGUAUAAAGCAUCUAUUCGAUUUGAAGGUAGAAGAGCUGCCAUGCCCGCAGCGUGAGGAUUUGAUGGCCUCCGAACAGCCAUCCAGCCGCCAUGAAAAUGCUCGCGUGGGCUCCAGCUGGUUCAGCUCUGGUUCGAUCUCGAUCCAGGCUGGUCAGUCCGUCCUCGUUGCCUCAUUGCUAUUGCUAGCUAUACUUUUUUUCACGUAGAAGCAGCUAAGCGUUUAAAACUAAAGCGAUAUAAAUGCCAUUUGGCGUCCCGAUAUACUCGAGUGAGCGAAUGGAAAAUCGUACACAUAAACGAAACGGGACGUGAAAGAAAGUGUAUGUUUAUGCAUGUGUAUUUGUGUGUGUGUGUGCUUGUAUGUAUGUGUGCGAACACGUGAGCAUUUACGUAGGAAACUAACUGAACAAGAGACGUACCUUCAAAACUGUUUUUCGAAGCACUUACAGUUAUCGUUUGUUGUAUGAAGUCUCUUUAAAGCAUCCGAACAGUCCAAACUUUAAAAAUGUUGCACGAACGUGACCGCAUAUCGAUGGAUAAUGCAUCACGAUGGACGGGAUCGUUAAAUCACAAUUCCAGUACCAAAACGCGGCUGCAUUUGCACGUCAUUUUUAUAGUUUGAUAAUUUUUUAAAAAUCUCUUGUGUACUUGACGUGAUAAUAUGAUAAAAACGUUCGCCAUUAUUUGAAACGUGUUGUUAUGCAGAGUUUAAUGGGCCAACUAUAACG